CUUCUCUCCACACAUUCCACAAAUAAAAAUCCAAUUCAAACACAAAUACACUAUGACAGCAUCUCAAGAAAUUUCAAGUUUAGAACUCUUAAGGCAACAUCUCUUAGGUGAUAAUAAGAAUAAUGCCUUAGAUUCAUACUUCACUAGCACCACCAAUCUCAUUCCUCUAGUGAAAAUUGAAGAAUUAGAACACCCUUUGGAAUCACCAAAACUCGACUACCACCAAUUCUUGGAUUUGGAUUCAUAUUUCUUUGAACAAAGUAGUAGUAGCUUUGAUGCUAAGGAAGUCGCUGCUGAUCAAAACAAUGUCAUUAUUGCACAAAGCCCCACGGAGGAAGAAAUAAUCAAGAAUUCGGAUACUUCGGUUGAACCAACAAUGUUGGAGUCUGUGGGGGAGAAGGUAGAAGCUACGUUUAGGCACUACAGAGGAGUAAGGAGAAGGCCGUGGGGAAAGUUCGCUGCUGAGAUUCGCGAUCCGGCGAGAAAAGGCUCGAGAGUGUGGCUAGGCACAUUUGAUAGUGAGAUUGAUGCUGCUAAGGCUUAUGAUUUUGCUGCCUUUAGGAUGAGGGGUCAAAAAGCAAUUCUCAAUUUUCCUCUUGAGGCUGGUGAAUCUGAACCAAAGCCUAAUGUUUGUGGUAGGAAAAAGAGAAGAGUAUUGUAGAGAGAAUUGAUAUUCAACUUCAUCGAGUAAUGUUAUUUGAACAUAAUAUUUUGUGAAUAUUGUAUUGAUAUAUUUUUGUGAACAUGAACAUAUAUCUGCCACAAAUGUUAUGUACAAAUAUCAUUUUUCAA